GUUUGCAGUAUCACGCAAAACGAGCAAACGACGACAGUAGUUGUUUCUUACGUAAAGUUAUGAUUGGAUUAUUGCACAGUUGCUAAGUGUGUGUAAUUUUCUAAAGUCGCGAAGUUGUAAUUACCGAGAAUAAAUAAAUAUUAUAAAAAAUAUCGAAAAAGUGGUAUUAAAGUCUGUUACUGUGACAGAAGGUCAAAUAUAUUAUUCAGAAUACACGCGUGUAAUUUAAACAUUUUCACGUGAUUAACCUAAUUUGAAUAGGUCUCCGAUUCACUUUUACAGAAUUAAUUUACCUAGACACCAUAUAUAUAAAAAUAAUGUAAAAUAUUUUUGUAUACAAAAUAAUUGCGCAAAAAAGAAAAACUAAUUUUGUGUCUAUACGUCAGACUCUGACGUAUCUUCAGUUCGAGUAAAUUUUUUAUCGUCAUUUUUUUACAUUUUCAUUGAAAAUGAGCAACAACGACUUGUGGGUGCGCGAUGUACUAUCGAGUUACGGAUUGAUCGCGAUGAUCGUUUUGUGCAUCGCGAUCUGGACAAUUCAAAAGUGGCCCACCCUGCUGAAAGAUAUUUACAAGGCUCACCUUUUGGGAUACGAAACGGAAUGCGCCAAACUGUCCAGUCCGUACAGGGAAUAUCUCUUUAGCACGUUGAGCUGCGUUGUUUCCAACGACGAAAUGUUAUGUUCCAUGGGCUGUCUUCGCGUCCUCGAAAUUGGCGUUAAAACGGGUGAAAAUAUACAGUUUUAUCCGAAGGGCACGCAUCUCAUCGGCGUCGACUGGAACAUCCGGCUCGGUGAAUAUCUGGUUAAAGGAAAUCGCUCGCGGCAAUUUUCUCAUGUGAUUAUCGAGCGGUUGAUAGUAAGCGAUGGAAGUUCUUUGAGGGAAGUGUCGACGGGAUGUGUGGAUGUGGUGGUGACUACUAGGUCGCUGUGUUCCGUGAGAUCGGUGAAAGGUACCCUUCAGGAAAUUUACAGAGUAUUAGCUCCGGGAGGAACGUAUAUUUUCAUGGAACACGUUCCGGAGACAGAUACUUUCGUACGAUGGUUGCAAAUAGCGUUGACACGAACCGGCAUAUGGCCUUCUUUAUUCGGCGAUUGUCGCUUAGAUGCCGACUGUAUCGCCGACAUAGAAAACGUUGGUUUCGAAAAGGUAUCAUGGACGAUAUUGGAGCUGGAAGGAUAUGUUUCUCACUGGUUUCACUUCAUUCUCUCUAGACGGCACGUCUUCGGCAUAGCAACAAAAUAGAACAAUGACAAUUGAAAUAUAAUA